UUCCCGAGGGGUAUGAAAUUUUGCUUCGUGGCCCUUUUGGACUCUUUGUCAAGGGAGGCAGAACCAAAUUCUACAUUCGGCAAGCUGUAUCGAAACGUCGGCUCAUGGGGGAACGAUUAUAUCAACGCAUCCGAAAAAAUUGUAUCUGGACAGUUCGCUUACGUCGGCAUCAAAUCCGCUAUGUACGGGGUCAUGGACACCGUUUUUGCGAAGACCCGUACGUGCCCUCUAAUCAUCAAAGACAAUUUCCUCCCCACCUGGCUCACUGUGGGCUUUCGAAAAAAUUCUCCGUACACGGCUCCGUUCAACAAACAGGUGAUGCGCCUGAGGGAGAGCGGUAUCCUGAAUAUGUUCGAGAAGAAGAUGAGGACUGCAAUGAUCUGCUGGUCCGUCACCAACGAGAAGCAGUCGCUGCGACCGCUCGAGUUGAAGGACUUCUAUGGGGUCUUUCUGCUCUACUUCGGUGGCUUGGGCUUGGCUACAAUAUCGUUCAUCGUAGAAUUAAGCUUCCGCAGCUGGAAGCAAGAUUCCAGGAGCAGCUAGAGCUUCAGCACACGAUGAACUACGUGCAUUCAAGAUACCCACUCCAACACACACCAACUUACUGUUGCUGUGUUGAAAGCGAAACUCGAGUUGGCAGCUCCAAUAAAUAUGAAUACAACAAUUUUAAAUAAAAUAACACUACUACAAGAACAUACUCAAUGACGACAUUACUGCAAUGUAUUUAUACCUGAACGGCCAUACAAGUAAAGUGAAGAAUUGCUGAAUUUUAGUAAAUAGAAUCAGAUAAGUGGUGGGUGAAAACUUGAAAAAACUAUGGUACCAAAUGCAAUGUACAUGUGAAGACAAUAAGGAAAAAAUUUCACGACAUUCACUUCAACUGAUGCAUGUAUCCGAAUAAGAUGAAUAAUUGUAUCUUCGUAUGUGGAGAAUAUACCGCAAGAAAUAUAAUAGAAAAUGAAUAAUGUAUUCUAUAUUGCAUUAGGAAAAAUAUCCAUUACUGAAAAUUUUUAAAUUUUUGUCUGUUUCUAUGGCUCAGAUAAGUGAGCAGGUUUAAAUUUUGUCUCUGAAACUUCAUAUAUGUAUAAAAAUACAAGCAUUGCCAAUCACGUUACUUUGCUUUCGACCAUCGUUCGUCCUAACAAUAGAUCAAUGUCCAUCGGACUCGUGCGCUUAGACAAUAUUAAUAAGGCAACGAAUAGGAAUUUCCACACAUAUGUCCCUCUCAGGAUAAUGCAGCCUCAUUAGAUACGAGACAAUGCACCUCAUUCUUUGGUGUCUGCAUAAUUCAGUUCAUCUGACAGUCGUUGUUGCCGAAGUUACCACAGUAUUGUUGCCGCGUAAUGUCAAUAUAGUGGUAACUUCAUCAUUCUUCCUCUUUAAUUGAUACGAAAUUGAGUAUUUCAACUGUUUUGAUAACUUUGUUCCAUAUCUAGUAUCUUUUUAACGAACAUUGGAUUUUCAUUUAUAAUGUGAACGUUACAAGUAAACCGCGAAAGCCUAAUGGUCACCAGUAAUACUAGUAACUCAGUACCCAAUUAAUGCAGCAAGAUUAAGAAAUUGGGAGAGUUGCGUAUUAUUGAAUGGAAAUAUCGAAAUACUUCUUUAAAAGAUGGCUUUUGAACCCAUAUCAACAGAUGAUAUGAAAAAUGAUGGUUUUGGAGACAAUUAUAGUGUAUGUAUAAAUAUAUACACUGAUAUGCAAGGUGGAAUUCUGCAGUUCAUCUCCAUGAAGUUUCAUCCGCUUACUCGGUAUUAUGUGACUGAUUAAAUGCAAAAAAUACUCCUGAUUAGUAACCAUUGUACUUACUUUACACCCUGUCCUCAUAUUCCAACAGAGUGGAAUUCUUGGCAUAUAAUAGUUGGUUCAUAUAUUUAGAAUAGAUCCAGUUGGGCUACAAGCUGAAUUUAAACAUAUAUACAGCCAAGUUAUGCAGGAAUGGUCAAGUUUCUCCCUGUUCAUUUAUUACACCCUCAAAUUCUUCUUUGUUCAAAAAAGUUCCUGUCACACCAAGAUUUUAUUAUCUUUUGAAAAAAAUAUAUCAUCUACAAGCAUGGAAGUCGGGAGGGGUUAUGUAUAAAUGAUUUUGGAGCGGCAGGAUUAUGAAUAAAACCGCCUUCAGAUAUCAAACUCAUUCAAAAAUGUGUCUUUGGAGCCGUAAGAUUUCAGUAAAGCGUAGGAUGUACCUAAUGUUGAUCAGGAGCAUCCCUUCUAAAUAAACUGACAUUUUUGAUCAGGCAAGUGGCUCGACAUUGAAUUUAUGGAAAAUUAUAAACAGGAUACCACUCUGUUUGCUAACCUAAAUUUAAUUGAGUGCUUUUCACAGUUGCAUG